AUGUCCACCGCAGCAACUUUUUUUGGUCAGCAGGUCUUGAACAGAGUUUCGUUCUUGAGAUGUUCGAAAGAAUUCAUCAAAAAAUCACUGAACCAUGACUCCACCAUUUUUAUCCCAUUUAUCGAGGGGGAAGCCCUCAUUUCGCCCGAGAAUGGUAAUUUAGUUCAGCUGUCCAAGUCUAAAAAGUCUUUCAAAAGUAUUUUGUCAACAAUAAUUCCUUUAUACACUACUCUUCUGAACACAACUCGGUCAAGAAGUGAUGAGUCAGGCAUCAAUCUAACAUUUCUAGGUCUCCUAGAAAACACAGAUUCUACGUUUGAUUUUGAAUGGUCUGAUAUUUCUUAUAAAGGAACACCAUACUUUGGGUUAGAUAUUCGUGUUACUGAGAGCACUCUCUUCAAGAAAGCCGACUUCGAGCCUAUCUUUUCCUACCCGAAGAUGACUAGGGAUCAUAUCUUUAAACAAACAAAUGAAGAUGCCUCACUCUAUUCACAAGGCAGGAUGUAUCUAGAUUGGCUAGCCAAGUACAAAUUCUGUCCCGGUUGUGGAUCAACAUUAUUUCCAGUCGACGCUGGAACCAAACUUCAGUGUUCUAACGAAAAUAAAAAUGUAUAUUGCAACGUGAGGGAUGCAAGCGUUAAUAACGUAUGCUUCCCACGAACUGAUCCAACGGUUAUCGUAGCCGUGACCAACUCAGACUACUCUAAGUGUUGCCUGGCAAGAUCUAAAAAAAGGCAUGGUGAUUUUGUAUUGUACUCAACGAUUGCAGGCUUUAUGGAGCCAUCUGAGACCAUCGAAGAGGCCUGUAUUAGGGAAAUAUGGGAGGAAACAGGUAUCUCGUGCAAGAAUAUUGAUAUAGUCCGUUCACAGCCGUGGCCUUACCCCUGUAGUUUGAUGAUCGGCUGUUUAGGUGUUGUGGAAUUCAAUUCUGAAAAUGAGGUCAUCAACUUGAAUCAUGACGACGAAUUAUUGGAUGCUCAAUGGUUUGAUACAACAGAAAUCAUUCAGGCUUUGGACAAUUACACCGGCGGGUUUCGUGUUCCAUUCAAAAAUGAUAUAAAUUUACCUGGAAGUACUACCAUUGCCUUCCAAUUAAUCAGUCAUGUCUGCAAGAACUAUAGAAGCCUACGCAAGGCCUCAUCAAGCCAUUUAUAG